AUGUCGCAAUCCACUCUUCCCGAUAUCGUUAACAAGCCCGCCGAGGGCAUUUCCUACUUCACCCCCGCUCAAGUCCCACCCGCCGGAUCCGCAGCGAUUCCCCAGUCCGAUGGAACACAGCCACCAAAGCUCUUCCAGCCCUUCAAAGUGCGGGGCGUGACCUUCCACAAUCGCAUCGGGCUCUCACCGCUAUGUCAAUACAGCGCCGAUGAUGGCCACAUGACAGACUGGCACAUGGCCCACCUGGGCGGCAUCGCCCAACGCGGGCCAGGAUUCCUGAUGGUCGAAGCAACAGCAGUUCAGCCCGAAGGCCGCAUCACGCCCCAAGACCACGGUCUCUGGAAAGACUCGCAGAUCGCCCCGCUCAGCCGCGUGGUCGAAUUUGUCCACAGUCAGAACGGCGUCAUAGGGCUCCAGGUCGGCCAUGCGGGACGCAAGGCAAGCACUGUGGCUCCCUGGUUGAGCGCGGCCGAUACAGCUACAGAGGCAGUGGGUGGUUGGCCGGAUAAAGUGAUCGGUCCGAGCGAUGUUCCCUUCAAUGACAGGUUCCCCACGCCCAAGGCCAUGACGAAGGAUGAUAUUGAGCAGUUCAAGAAGGACUGGGUGGCCGCCGUUAAGCGAGCGGUGAAAGCGGGUGUGGAUUUUGUUGAGAUUCAUAAUGCGCAUGGAUAUCUUCUCAUGAGCUUUGUGUCGCCGGCCACUAAUCAUCGUACUGAUGAAUAUGGCGGUAGCUUUGAGAAUCGGAUUCGAUUGACAUUGGAGACCGCGAAGUUGACUCGCGACAAUGUUCCGAAAGAUAUGCCUGUUUUUUUGCGUAUUUCGGCUACGGACUGGCUGGAAGAAUCUUUGCCUGACCAGCCUAGCUGGCGCGUGGAGGAUACUGUUCGUCUUGCUAAAGCUCUGGCGGACAGUGGCAAUGUUGAUGUGCUGGAUAUUAGCAGCGGAGGAAAUCAUCAGAAGCAGCAUAUCCAUGCUAAGCCGGCUUUCCAGGCACCUUUUGCCAUCAAGGUGAAGGAAGCUGUUGGAGACAAGCUCAAGGUCGGCUCGGUAGGCAUGAUCGACUCGGGUCACCUGGCGAAUAGUCUUUUGGAAAAUGAUGGUCUGGAUUUCGUCCUCAUUGGUCGAGGAUUCCAGAGGAAUCCGAGUCUGGUUUGGGCUUGGGCUGAUGAGCUAGAUGUUGAAAUCUCUAUGGCUAACCAGAUUCGCUGGGGAUUUAGCAGUCGUGGUGGCGGGGUUUACUUGAAGAAGCGAGGGUCUAUGGCGUAG